AUGUACGAUAUUCCUUGUGAUUGCAACAAGCCGAAAGAAUCGAGGGACCUUGGAAGAGACCUUGGCAUAUUCGGCCUUCUAGUGGCUUUCCCGCCCGGUGUGACCAAUACCCCUAGGACAACAGAACAUAGCCAGCAGAUCUCGCCAUGGAGGCAGAGGGCGGAAUCAGCCGCAGCCCCCAACAAUCUGUCCCCCAACACCGAGAAGAAUGAGGCAAGACAAGGCGAAGCAAGGCAGGGCAAGGGAGUAACGGCAAAGUACCACGGCACAUGGCACGGGUGGUCCCAGGCGCAACACAUAAAUGCGGGAUCUCCGAAGGGGGGGGAGGGGGUGUGGGAGAAGCAGAACGAUCGGCGAACUGAUCUCAAGUACAUGUGA